AUGCAGAAAUGCUUGAAUCUAAUUUUGUUCUGGCUUUGUCUCAUCGAACAGUUCCUUGAAACGACCAGCUUGUCGUAAGUUGAAGCUAAAUUUUUUUUCGUCGUUUUUGGUUGCAGUCUGUCGGGAAAAUAAUGAGCAGUCUGUCGCAUCGGAAGUCGCAUCGCCGCAGGGAAAAUGAGCUGUGUCGCGGCAAAAUCAAAUUGCUUUUCACUUCAGCGAUUGGCGCAGCGACAUUGGGCUCAUUAUUUUACAGACAGAUUGCCAGCAAAAAAUUUUAUUUUGAGAAAUUUUUAUAUAAAAAAAAAUUUCUUUGAUGGCACUGUGCAAUUUUUGGUAAAAGUUCCUUAUUUUGGCCACAACUUAUAACUUUGCGGAAACUGGUCGGAAUUAGCCCAAAUUUAGCGUGCACGCUCAAUUCAUCGUUGUCAAUGCCCGGACAGCGGAUUUAGUUAGUGAGGUACCUUCUUUUUUACGUACCACCUUACCCUUCAAAAACGGCUGCAGCCUGUGAUUUUACACUUUAUACGAUGAAACAUGUCCGGAACUAAAUUUAUUGCCUCCGUAUGGAACUAAAUGAGUCGUCACAGCCUUCGUAGGUACCCUUAAAACUAUAGAGAUAUUAUAGUAAUUCAGUGCCAGCUGGGUCGAAGCGUUUUUUCCUUACUUUAGUGCCCAAGCUUGGGCGCAGUUCGCGGAGUACAUUUGUUGUGGCCAAAAUAAGGAACUUUUUCCCAAUUUUUCGGAUUUUUUACGCAUUUUCUGCCAAAAAAUGAUUGCACCGUGCAAAUUUCAGAUUUUUUUCUGAUUGCACAGUGCCUUCAGAAAAAACUUUUUCCCGUACAGCGCAAUUUUUUGAUAUUUUUUCCCCCAAAUUUUUUUAUCUGCCCGGUGCAAAUUUUCCAUACCAAAAGAAAAAAAAAAUUUUUUUUGAAUUUUCAAAAUUUUGCUUCUCUUUGAAAUCUUUCACGCUUUUAAUAACUUUCAUUUCAUUUUCAGAUUCAAAGAGGCAGCUCUGCGUCAGCCUCUAACCAAACAGGCAUACAUCACGCAACAGUCGUACGAAAAAUUUUUGGUCUAUUUGGGUAAGGCGACUUGCGUGUUUAGAAAAAAUUUCAGUCUAAAAUUGGAUAAAAAUACUCGAAAAGUAAUACAUUUGCAAUAUUUUGAAGAAAUUUACAUUUUUAAAAAAAUUUUAGGUCUCACCACGAAAACAUUUUUUGGUCCAAAAAACCUCGGAAAUCUCGGAGGUAAAACAACCAAAUAGCCUCUAUUUUUAUAGCCAUAACUUAGAUUUGAUCCUCUUUUCAUCAACAAGCCCAAAAAAAAAUAAAUUUCCUUCAGAUGACACCUGUCAAAUCCCGGAACAACAUAAUGCGGAUGUCAACGUCAACCACGUGGACGAGCGCUACUUCGAAUGGGAGCAAUACAACUUCAACAAGGCCUUGUUGCAUCACAUUUUCCCGGAGACCGCGAAUGGCGACGAUGUGGCCAAAUUAUUGACCAAAGAGAGCAUUCGAAGCCUGGAUCAGGACUUUUUCGCCGCCGAACUGCCGAGUAAUUGCACCAGCACUGACAAUGAUUGGACGUUCACAGCGAAGGAGCCGGACGUUUUUCAGGACAAUCUCAUCAAUUGGUAAGGGACUUGAACAGUGGGGGACCAGUGGCAAAAACGGUACUAUUUUGCAUCGGGGAAGUAUUAAAAAUGUGGCAAAAUGCUUCCCUCUCCAAGUGAAAUAACUCCGAUUUCAAAAGCGCGCCCGCUCUUUUUGCGUGGGAGCCCUACAAAACGAAGUUUUUUCACUUGGAGAGGGAUGCAUUUUGCCACAUUUUUGAUACUUCCCGGAUGCAAAAUGGUACGUUUUUUGCCAUUGGUCCGUCACUGUGUUUUCUGCACUGUGCAAUUUUUUAAUUUUUUUAAUUUUUGCACUGUGCGAGAGAAAACUUGAAAAAAUUUUGGCGUAGGAAGUGUCAAAAAUGUGGCAAAAUGCUUCCCUCUCCAAGUGAAAAAAACUCCGAUUUCAAAAAAUCUUUUUGUGAGGGAAAGGGCGCGCCCUUCAAAACGAUGUUUUUUCACUAGGAGAGGGAAGCAUUUGGCCAUAUUUUUGAUACUUCCCGGGUGCAAAAUGGUACGUUUUUUGACACUGGAUCAGGUCCGUCAUUGUAUUUUUUGCACUGUGCAAUUUUCAAUUUUUAUAAUUUUUGCACUGUGCGAGAGAUAAAGUAAAGUUUUUUUGGCGUAUACAACAUCUGCAGGUCGUAAACUAUUUAUAGUAAUCAAUACUAGUCCAAUUCUGACCGAUUUUUUGGAUGAAAUUUUCUUUUUUUUUCUUGAGCUCCAUCUAGAGCAAAAAAUCUUUUUUAUUUUAUUGCUAUUCAAAAUUCAGCGUCUAAAAUCUCGAUGCAAAUAUUCUACAAUGAAUUUUCAGGGUAUUCAACACGGACCGGGACAACUACUAA